AUGACGCUGUUCUACAACGGAUCCCUUCGGGAGGGCAUUGCUGCUGCAGUGAGAGAUGUCAAAGCGGUUACUUGCUUUGUUAGAGAUGACGAGGAGUUAAGCUCUCAAUGGGAGGACGCGUAUUUUGGUGAUGAUGAGGUUGCGCAAGCACUCAAUGCCAAAGCAGUUGUAUUGCGCUUGACAGCGGGGUCACAGGAAGCUGGAUUCCUGGCCUCUUUCUGUCCGAUCUCGAAAUUCCCGACUGUUGUUCUUAUCAAGAAUGGCACGCUUAAGGAAUACAUCGGGCCAGAUGUCUCGAAAGAUGACUUCCGCGGUCGAUUGCUUGCGGCUUUAGAAAAUGACCAAACACCCAGUCCUAUGAAGCAAUCACAAGGAAAUGACACUCCUACUGCUUCAACUAAUAAUACGCCGGUGCCAGUUGCGCCCCAACCCAAGCCUGAGGCGCCAUCGAAUACCAGCAAAUCUGCAGAGCAAGCAAGUGAAACUGCAAUGAAGACACGAUCACCGACUGAACAAAUACCUGAGAAAGCUGCAGAACCAGCAAAGUCAACAGGGUCUACUUUACAAAAGCAGUUAUCACCCAAAGAAGCCAGCAAUAAAGACAUUAAAGGCAAAGCACCGAUGGGGUCUAAGAAGCCCACUGAUAAAGGUGUGGUAAAGAGCGAACACCAAGAGCCAAAACCCAUAGUCCGCGGGCCCCCAACUGAGUACCGGCUACAAGUACGCCUGUUCGACGGAAGCUCCGUGCGAUCUAGCUUUACACCCACACAGAGCAUCCGAAAUGAUGUGCGGGCUUGGCUUGAUCAGAAGAUGGAAGGCGACAAUCGACCCUACAACCUCAAACAUAUCUUAACCCCCCUCCCCAGCGAAACUCUUUCCGUCGCACAAGAGUCACAAACUCUCCAAGACUUACGUCUUGGUUCCACCGCGAACCUGGUCAUGGUUCCCGUAUCAACAUACACGGAGGCUUAUUCGGCAGCGGGCAGCUUGCCCGUUCGUGGUAUCUCUGCCGUCUACAACCUGGCCUCUUCCGCUGCCAGCACCGCAACAGGUCUCGUUAGUUCAUUCCUUGGAUAUGGCUCGACCGCACCGGCGAGCGGUGCAGAUACCCCUUCGGCCUCUCCGGCUACCGGCAAUUCUCAACAUCCUAGGAACACAGGACCCAAUAUUCGGACGCUGAGGGACCAGCAAGACGGACGUGGGAAUAGUCAGUUCUACAAUGGGAACCAGUUGAACUUCGAGCCACAGAAGAACCAGGAUGACAAGGAUAAAUAA